UUACUCACUGCUUUACUGGCUGCUUACCUGACCGACUGACUGGCAGUUUCACAGGAAGGAAGAAGAGACUCCUGGUUGCAGAGCAGUAUGGACGAGUGUAACCUGCUGAAGGAGAGACUCCAGGCCAUCACUGAGAAGCACCGUAUUCAGGAGGACAUCAGACAGAAGAAGCUGGAACUGGAUAGAGAGAAACUCAAACUGCAGCAUCUCAAGAAAAAAGCUAUGAGGGAGCAGUGGCUGCUACAGGACUCCACUACCCACAAUGCAACAUCGCAGCAACAGAGCCUUCUGUCCGACCAGCAGCAGACCAGAGCGCUGCAGCUCAACAUCCACGGGAUGGAAAAGGAGGUGGAGUUUCUGGAGCGAGAGGAGUCGAUGAUUUCCACCAAUGAGAGCUUCAUCCUCAACAGACUGAAGGCUGUGGAGAAAAGCUCACAGGAAAUUAUUAAGGAAGCAAACGAGAACUUUGUCCCCAAACCAUCGCGGGUUGCCAUGGUGAUUCCUGAUGACCCAGAAUCUCCGUCUCCACUUGCCAAUAACCACACUGAGCUGACACCGAGAAAAAUGCUGUUUGCCAUGGAGAUCAAUGUGACUAAAAACCUGCUGACCGGGGAAAACACCGUACUUUCUACUGCGACCGUGCCACCGGAGGACUUGCACCAACACAGCGGGCUCAAAGUUUACGACGACGGCAGGAAGUGCAUCUAUACUCUGAAUCCACAAGAGGGAUCACAUGACCCAGCGUGUGUAUCUGAGCUGUCAGCCCGAGAAGUGCAACAGUUGCUGCGGAGUGCCACGGCGCAUCGCCAAUUAAACCACCAACAUCCCAGCAUCAGGGAGGAGCAGUGGAGGAGCAAGCGCCACGAUAAUGAAGACAAAGUGGAGGUGUGUGACCUCAGUGACCACAGGGGGCGCUGUGGUAACCACGUCCUCCUUCACAACACGACAGCUGAGAAAGACGUCAGCUGCGUGGAAAACUGGCAAAACUGGAGGGAAUACCAGGAAAACCCGCACAGUCGGCAGGACGAGAGACUUAACCACAGCAAACUGAGGGAACGUCAUCGCUUAGGAAACGGCAAGGAGGUGGGGUUUCACCAUGGCGACCAGAAAGGUCAUGGCUGCAGUUCUUACCAGGUGAGAAACUGUCACAGUGUUCUGGACAAUCGGCCUGUUAGCAACAGCAGCAUCAUCAGGAGCAACAGCACUCAUGGAGGCAGAACCAAUGGCUGGGCUCCGCCCAGAUCACAUGACCAGGAAGUAGUGUCCCCCUACCAAUCGCAGCUCUGCUACACCCCGGCCAAUCAUAUCCCUCUUAGCGAUUACAUCAGUGUGGAUGAGGAGGAACUUUAUUGUAACAACCCGCCCUCUUACCAGUCUGCACUGUACCGUGGCCCCACCCCUUCCGAGCGAGUGCCCUCCCCCCUCUACGGAGACGACACCCCUUACACCAUCCUCAACACCAUGGAUACCACCGAGCCAAUCACCGCCAUCUUCAUGGGCUUCCAGACGGCGCAGGACGACAGUGGGUGGGGUCAGGAGUUCGAGGGCUCGCUGAAGGCCGAGCUGGUCGUUAUCGAGGACAGUGACGAAAACGGUGAGGACAACAACAGCGUGUCGGAGGAGAGACACGCCCAACCGAGUGUCAGCGGCUUUUCAACAGGUAGCUCGGCCAAUGGGAAUGUAGGAUUUGGAGUCAAGCGGACGGCGCCAGGUAUCAAACGGACCCAGAAGAAGCAUCAACCGUGCUGUUGUGUCUCCUAACUGGACUAACCAACGCAUGAGUGACCAACACUGACUCUGAAACACUAACCACUUUGACGAGUUCAUACUGACAGGGACGUGAGACAAUGUUUGACCACUUUAUUUCACCACGAGACAGCGUUUUACAACAGGAAAAUAAAGUUUGUGCCGCUUUGUAAACUGCUCAGUUCCCCUGCACCAAAGUGCAUAGAGAAUAUAAAUGAUUUUAAGCCUCAGCACAGAGUAGUAGUCGAUCCACUGCUGCCUCCUUCAGUAAGUUCAAAUGUGUUAUUUUGUAACU